AAUAACAUUAGUCAUUCUUCUCAGCUCAUCGCUUGAAAAAAAAAUGCAUCUAGGUGAAGAGGCUCCGCAGUGCAUUUCCCCGGCUACAGUGUUGCAGGCUUUCACAUCUACUCUCCUCAUCCUUCUCCGGUCUCUCUCGUGUUUGGAAACCGAGCUCAAUCGACAUGCACGCGCUCUCAUCGACCGAGAGCAAGAUGUUUGUGUGCGCAGAAGUCCUCUUUAAUUCUCUUUUAGUCAAAUGAUCCUGAGUCAAUGUAGCGUCUGCUGCUCCCUUCUGCGUGUUGUUCACGGAUUGUUGUGUGCUUUAGUCAUAGACUGUAUGGUUUUAGUGCAUGCACCCUUGCAUUGGCUGAAAGCAUCUCAACAUCACUCGGAUCAAAGAGAGAUUCGGCUUUCUUCACCCGGGAGUCGGGGAUAAUAUGUCCAGACGCAAACAGACCAACCCUUUCAAAGUGAAUUGUAGGUAUCCCAGGGCCUUUUCACACGACUGGGUUGUCCGGCCCGCAGCACACUUUUGAGAUGGAUGCUAGAGAGGACUUCACUGAGGACGGGGAAUGCCAUAGCAACAACUCACAGGAACCUGAAGAGCAAGACAGCACAAGUGACGACGGUGAUAGUGAUUUUGAUAAAGACGACUCCUCAAAUGCCUCUGCUGAUGACAGCAUGACGAGUAAUAAGAGCCACGGCCACAUGCUACAGGAUGACGUCAAGGAGGAGAACGAGGAGGGGACAUACCAGGGGAGCAGUUUUGCAUGUCCUCUUUGUUCCCUGGAGUUCAAUAGCCCAGAUGAGCUCAUCGCACACGUCUACCAGCACACAGCUGAGAGUGGCAGUAAGAGCUAUAUCUGUCCUGUUUGUGGAAGAGCUCUUAGUUCUCCAGGCUCUCUUGGUCGUCAUCUUCUCAUCCAUUCAGAGGACCGACUGUCCAACUGUGCCGUAUGUGGGGCUCGCUUCACAGACACUAACAACUUCAACAGGGAAAAGUUGAAGGAGUUCCUCGACACAAGCAGUAUAGAGAUCAACAGUGAGGGUGAGGCCUGUGCCAUGUCCGACUCUUUACCCAGAAGCACUAUGACUAACCCAAACACAAAUCCUGGUCCUGGACUGACCUCAUUACCAGAUGGUCUUCUCUCUUCUGCACCUCCUUUUCCCUCACUCUCCAACAGCCUCAGUCCUCAAAAUACAGGACUUCCACCUCUUCCAGACCUUAUGAACCCUAUGCCUGUGUACCCAGCUGGGGUUUUGUUGGUUUGUAACAGCUGUGUAGCCUACCAGCAGCUUGUGGAUGCCCAGUCGCCGACCAUGCGGAAAUGGGCAAUCCGUAGGAAGAAUGAACCCACAGAGGUGCGGAUGCAGCGGCUUGAACGGGAACGAACGGCCAAGAAAAACAAGCGAUCAUGUGAGACACCAGAUGAGCGGGAGAUACGCCGCUUACGAGACCGUGAGGCAAAGCGUAUGCAAAGGAUGCAGGAGACGGAUGAACAGCGGGCACGUCGUCUGCAGCGAGACCGGGAAGCCAUGCGACUCAAGCGGGCCAACGAGACGCCCGAGAAGAGGCAGGCAAGACUAAUCCGUGAAAGGGAGGCAAAGAGGCUAAAGCGGCGCUUGGAGAAGAUCGACCCAUCCCUGAGAAACCAGAUCGAGCAUGACCCUGCUGCGAUGGCUGCGCUCACUGCUGAUAUGAGUCUAUUCCAGUUUUCCUUUCCCAUGUCCGUCCCUUCCAUGGACAAUGGACUGUUUAUGAAGCUUCCCUAACAAGCACAGCUCCAAACACCUCUCAGCCCAACAUUUGAGAAGAAUUUGCCAUUCUUAAAGAAUAACCAUCUUGGCCAAAGUUGUGAUGAGAAGGUUAUAGUCUUGCAGUUUCAAGGAGGUGCUCACUCUGACAGCGAUUUGCAGUGAUAUAGGCACCAGAUGGCUUUCACUUUCAAUGACAGAUUGGAGGCAACAUGAAAGACCGUGAGUUGCAAUGCAACAGUGUUGUGCAGAGUACCAGUGGGAGUGUAGACAAUGAAGCUCACAUGUUCUGCUGCCUGAUACACUUGGAUAUUGUAGUUGAGUACAGAAUUGGUUCUACAUGACAGACAAGGCAAUUAAUAUCUCAGUGAAAAAUAAAAUAGAAGAGUAGGCAUCAUGCAGAUAAUGUUCCCAUCUGGUAGGCAGAAGAGAAUAGAGGAGCCUGCGGCACCAGAGUCCCACAAUCACCAUCAGUCAAGUAGGAACACCUACUAGCGACCAGGACCACGUCGACUUGCCAAUGAUCAGAUCCAAUGAUUUAAUUGCUGUCAGUGUGAACAACCCUUUAUGGAUUUCGGUAACGCAUUACAUAAUUAACUGAACUUCUAUAAGAAAUUCCGACAUUCACUGAAGGAAAACCCUCUCAGUAAGCAUGUUUCAGGAGACUUACCUACUUUGUUUUCAAGGCUCAGACUUUUAGCCGUCUUUCUUCAGAGCAGUGAAAUCCUUCCAGAAGGAGGUUCUCUGUUUGCACAUGGACCUACAGUGACAGGAGUGAGACAUUUAGCCACACUCCACACUCAGCCUACUGUUCAAAUUUGCCAGUCUUAAAGGUUGGAGUUGACCUGCAACUAUGGCUCACCUCCCAGAACCCAAGAUUGGGUCACUACUAGCUCAUACUCACAGAACCAACUACCUCAUCAUGGGAUCUUUGCAUGGCCUAGUCACACCUGUGACCUCGACAGGAACCACAGGGGUUGUGCAGGUCCACAUACUGACUCAAUGUUCCCUAUGCCAACAUGAACUCUUGUCCAGGGGUCCACUAGUCCUGCUUCUGAGGGUUAAUCCUUCAGAGUUCACCCCGAACCAAGGUAUUCAGGGUUACUUGAAACCCCCAAGAAGGUGUGCUGGAGUAGAUUAGAGAUAAACUGUUGGCCGUCCUAGAGCAGGAUUGGACACCUCUGGUAUAAUCAUUGCCCUACAUGUUUGCAGAAACAACUACAUUUUAUUUAAAUGGCGUUUGAGUGCCUCUGACCCAUAUGCUGAAAUCCAAGUGGGCUCAUGGUCUUUGCUUAUACAGACCAUAAGGUGUCCUACUUGUCAAGCUUUAUAAGGAUUCCACCUUUGCAACCACUGUGUCCCUCAAUGCACCCUUUAGUUGAGCCCAACCUGGUUCGGACUUUGAAAACAGACUACUAACUGACAGUCUGUAUGGCAUUAUAUUACUUAAGAGUGAACUCCAUGAAAGACUUAAGGGCUGAGGGUACCAUUUGGGACAAGGCCUCAAUUGGAGACUUUGUCCUUUUUUAAAAGAGGACGGUCAUUCUCCGGAUGUACUGUUAAAUACUAAAAGCAUCCGUUUCAAAGCACAUUCAGACACACUUCUCUGACCUCCCAAAGGCUUUAUACCUUAUCACAAUGCUACACGGGUUGAUAUUUGUCUAGGAACUCGGGGAUGGUGUGGAUCACUAACAUCCUCCUGAGAAUACAGAGGAGCAGGAGACCUCCUCUUCCUCAUUCUUCAUUAUCAUCCCCACUUGCUCAGAUCAUAUACUACCUUUUACUCACCUUUACUGGUCACAUUGGCCUUUUUUUCUGUUGUUCAGACUGCAAACUCCUCACGUGAGCCAAAAUGUCGAAAUGGAUAUUACGCAACUCCAUGGCGUUUCAACUAACCAACCAAUCUCUGCCCUCUGCUGCUGUCACUGUACUGUAUAAUGUGUAUGUUACCUCUUUAAACCAGUAUGGUCCCACAUUGGACCUGGGAAUGCUUGUUGUUGAUGGUGAGGCACUUAUUGUGUGCUCGAUCUCUGUGGCAACAUAAGUAGUGUACAAAUUUAAACGGUUGCCUUUUUCACUGGAAAUUUGUGCUUUGGUUUUAUAUUUAAUGAUUUAAAUGGAUUUGUGUGGUCAUUCUGUGAGAUGUGCAAUGAUGUAAAGGUUUAGCAAAUGCAUGUACAAUGAAACAAUCAGGACGAACACUUCCAGAGAGAAAUCCCUCGUAUAUGAAGCAGUGAUGACACUGUAUGUAAAAAUUUAAAUGACAAGGUAGACACAUUUGCCAACGUUUUACACCAAUUCAAAGGUGAAGUGUAGAAUUGCUGAUCAACAUCUGAUGGCCAAAGUAACACUUGCAUCCCAAACACUGCCCCCUGUCUUCCAUUAUUCACCAAACAGGUAAUCCCCCACAAAAUUUAACCAAUUCAGAUAUUGACAUACAAAGAAAAAGCACCGCAGUGUUUAUGGUAGUGGUUCUUAAACUUUUUGGGUCAACCACUUCAAAAGUAAAACAACAAAAGCAGACCACCAAAUCUCAUUCAGGGGUGUCAUUCAAUGCCCUUUAAGAAGGCUCUUUGCUUUUUUUUUUUUUUUAAUAAGAACACGUUUCUUUUAGCUUAUAAACUGAUGAGCCAACUAUUUGCU